GUGCUGUCGACCUCCACCUCGUCCCCCUAAUGCCCGUUAUGCCUUUCUCAUUUAGCUUUACGCUCGCAGUUCCUGGUCUCACCAACCCGUUUUCCAACCCUCCAGAGCCCGAACCUCUGCCGCCACAGCCAAGAUUAGCCAGCCUUGACGCCGGAAGCAACAAGCAGGGAUAUAGAGAUAUAACUCCUGUCAAUCGCCGUGCGCCUUCUCCAUCUCUACAGCCUCCACUGUCCCGCAAGAGAGGAUGGGUGCCAUCGGCUCCUGAAUACAGUUCCCCUAUCGCGAGUCCGACGUCUACCAGUGGUUACCUUGACACGCCUGCGAAGUAUAGGGAGAUGGCGUCCGCCUACAGUGAAGACGGGGUGGAGGAGAUGGUCGCAGACUUGCCUCCGCCCAAGCGCCGGCGCACGCUUGCUGGUUCCAUCGUCUCAACUGCGUUGAGUGCAGCCCUCAUAGGGACUGCCGUAGGCCUUACCGUGUAUCGCCUUUGGAGAGAUCGGGGCAAGGCACCCGAAUCACUCCUUCCUCCUCCAUACGAACAAGGUGAAUGGCUACCACCAAAGCCCAAUCAGUUCCAUGCUUCUCCUGUACCGGUCACUCAAGUCACCCCUCCUACACCCCGCUCCUCCCGAAAGAGUCGUCAUGUUGCUGGCCGACGGACACAUCGGCAUCGCAAAGUCGGCCCUAGAGCAGGUCCCAGCUCUAUCUCUUCUCACACUUCGACUGCUGCGCGUGCGCCCAUUCCUCCGGAGUUCAACUUCGGCGCACCAGCACCUGUUGAGCCUGAAGAAGGCGAAGCGGACGACCAGAUGUCUUGGAUGGGAGGCCGACUUGCAGCCCUCAUUGCGGAGGGUCAGCGUGCUCUUGGCAAGGAAGUCGUCGUCAUGAGCGAGGCACAAGAAGACGAAGAAGAUGACGGUGGCGACGGAUGGAUCGAAGAAGACGACGGUCACAGUGUCGCCUCUUCUACACGGACAAGCAGGCGCAGAUGGAAUGCCAGUCCCCCGCCCUACUCGACCUCUCGUCGCGGCUCCCCGUUCCCUAGCGCCUCACCCCGACGCACUACAUUCGACCUCGCUCCCUCAUACAACGGCUCUUCAAGCAUGUCCAUUCAAAGCUCGCCGCGCCGUCAUGGUCGUGACGUGUCGGCGGAGCCAGACGCUUUUGCCAGCCGCAGUUUCAUCGAGGACGAGUCGCAGUGGCAGACCCCCGAGCUUAGGGAAGCCAUGGAGCGUGCGCGUCAGCUUCGCAGGCAAGACUAUCCUUGACACACUCCGACUGCUUCAGAGUUGCAGCCCGCACGACUAGACAUGACCGAAAUGUUAACCUUUAACGCUCUGUAUUAUUAUUGUACCUAACGCAUUGCAUUCUCGCAGCUUUACUUCGAACCUGAAACUGUUAUCUAUCAUUGUAGCACCCCGCAUAGCAUUCCCCUUCUACUUCGCACAUAUUGGGCUCUCGUCGUUCCAAUUGUCACUUGAACUUCAUUGUGUACUGCCUGUUCUGCAAAGUUUGAAUAGAAAUAUAGUCAUUCGGAAGACAGC